CGGGCGGGGGCGAGACCGGAGACCGGAGCAGCGGGCCGCCAGCCUCUUCGCGACAGGAAAGCCGCCAUGAGCAACAAAUAUGACGUGGUCGUGGUGGGGGGCGGCAUCUCAGGUAUGGCAGCAGCCAAACUUCUGCAUGAGACUGGUCUGAGUGUGGUUGUUCUGGAAGCCCGCAACCGAGUGGGUGGCAGGACUUACACUGUUAGGAACCAAAAGGUGAAGUAUGUUGACCUUGGAGGAUCUUACGUCGGACCAACCCAGAAUCGUAUUUUAAGAUUGGCCAAGGAUCUAGGAUUGGAGACCUACAAAGUGAAUGAAGUAGAACGCGUGAUCCAUCAUGUCAAGGGAAAAUCCUACUGCUACAGGGGCCCAUUACCACCUGUAUGGAAUCCAAUUGCCUACCUGGAUCAUAACAACCUUUGGAGAACAAUGGAUGACAUGGGAAGAGAGAUCCCCAGUGAAGCCCCCUGGAAGGCACCCCUUGCAGAAGUGUGGGACCGCAUGACAAUGAAGGAACUUCUGGACAAGCUCUGCUGGACAGAAUCUGCAAAGCAGUUAGCCACUCUCUUUGUGAACCUCUGUGUCACUGCAGAGACCCAUGAGGUCUCUGCUCUCUGGUUCCUGUGGUAUGUGAAGCAGUGUGGGGGCACAACCAGGAUCAUCUCCACAACCAACGGAGGCCAGGAAAGAAAAUUUGUGGGUGGAUCUAGUCAAGUGAGCGAGCGGAUAAUGGAUCUCCUGGGGGACCGAGUGAAGCUGGAGAGGCCUGUGACCCAUAUUGACCAGACACGAGAAAAUGUCCUUGUGGAGACCCUGAACCGUGAGAUAUAUGAGGCUAAGUACGUAAUUAGUGCUAUUCCGCCUUCUCUGAGCCUGAAGAUUCACUUCAGCCCUUCUCUGCCAAUGAUGAGAAACCAGCUGAUUGCUCGUGUGCCUUUGGGUUCAGUCAUCAAGUGUAUGGUUUAUUACCAAGAGGCCUUCUGGCGGAAAAAGGAUUACUGUGGGUCCAUGAUAAUCGAAGGAGAGGAAGCUCCAAUUGCCUAUACUUUGGAUGAUACCAAACCAGAUGGCAGCUAUCCUGCUAUAAUUGGAUUUAUCCUUGCCAACAAAGCCAGAAAACUGGCCCGUCUUACCAAAGAAGAAAGGUUGAAGAAACUCUGUGAGCUCUAUGCAAAAGUCCUGGGCUGCCAGGAAGCUCUGCAACCGGUGCACUAUGAAGAGAAGAACUGGUGUGAGGAGCAGUAUUCAGGAGGCUGCUACACCACCUACUUCCCCCCCGGGAUCAUGACGCAAUAUGGAAGGGUUCUACGUCAGCCAGUGGACAAGAUCUAUUUUGCUGGCACUGAGACAGCCACACACUGGAGCGGCUACAUGGAGGGUGCUGUGGAGGCUGGGGAGCGAGCAGCGCGAGAGAUCCUGCAUGCCAUGGGGAAGAUCCCAGAGGAUGAAAUCUGGCAGUCAGAACCAGAGUCCGUGGAUGUCCCUGUGAGGCCGAUUACCACGACCUUCCUGGAGAGACAUUUGCCCUCUGUGCCAGGCCUGCUCAGGCUGAUCGGAUUGACCACCAUCUUUUCAGCAACUGCUCUUGGCUUCCUGGCCCACAAAAGGGGACUGCUUGUACGGGCCUAAACAGAGAGCAGCUGUAACCACACCCUCGUCCUCCUCUACUUGGUGUCUGGUUUGGGGGGAAGCACCUGCGACACAGUUCCACCAAGUCAUGAAGAAUGUAGAGUGAUGUGGGGAGUGUGGUGAUAAAUCAGACUUCUGACCACAGGAAAGGUGGUAUCUCUUUCUUCACUUUGAUCCAGCUUUGUGUCUCUUAACUGACUUAGCUCUCUGUUUUCCCCCCACCUCCAACUUUACUGCCCCCAGAAUCUUUGCAGUAGUUAAGUCCUGUUAAACAACCCUGCUCUCCCUCAAUGUAUCUUGCCCAUGCACAAAACAUGAUGUCUACCCUCACUCAUGUGGCUUUGCAUUUGUUCUGCCUCCUGCCUUUCGUAUUCCCAUCUUUCAGGGUCUCGGCAUUUGCCCAUAGGGCCCUGUAGUGUUAGACCACAGAGACCUCGGAGGCCAUCUGGCCCUUCCUAUCUACUCUGGAGCUCUCUGCAGCUUAGAGGGACAGGAUUCAGUUCUGCCAAGCCCACAGUAAGCCACUGAUAUUUGGGGGACUAGAACACAGGCCCCUUGCUUUUUGCACCCCCAGGAAGUGUGCCCCAGCCUCCUCCCCCCACACCUUGCUCUGAUCAUGGAUGGUGUCCCCUUGUGUGGGUUUACUGUGUCCUAAAUUGCAGCUCACUACACAGAUGCUACUGUCUCGCUGUCUCAUAUAAUAUAUGUCUUCAGCUGGCUUUGAUUUACUUGAGGGGAAGGAUCUUGUCUUUUCUUCACUUUGUAUCUUCCACUAUGUCUGGAUACAAAAGUCAGUACAUGUUUGGGUUAUUAAAAAAUAAAGUUGAUU